AGCUCGUAACAUGGCAAUGGGAGAAAGUUACCUAGUAGCUGGCAUACUACUAACAUUUCCCCUAGCCCUGUUCUACCGCUAUCUCCUCACCCCUUACACCUCUCCCAAACACAAGGAUAUAUUUCUAACCGUCACCGGACUAGCUCUCUACUUCUUCUGUUUUGGAGCGGAUGCGGGACAUGUUGUUAUGAUGACCAUGUGUAGUUACCUGUUCAUGAUGGUGUGUGGUGUUGGAGCUACUUCCUGUAUAGUAGUGCUGCUCUCUAGCAUGACCCACCUGUUAUACGGGUAUAUCACAGUGUCAGGUGUUAGUUACACUGUUACCUGGACUCUCAUACACUGCCAAGCUCUCCUCAAAGUGGUGGGUUACUUUUUAGAUCUGUUAGAUGAACAGAAGGACGCUCCUGAAAGUUUUGUGGCCUACACUGCGUAUGUUUUCUUUCCCUUCACAAGUUUAGUGGGACCACAGUUCCAGUACUACCGUUACAAGAAGUUCAGGGAAACUACACAGAUACCCAACUCGUGGGGCUACAGUCUAAAACAAGCAGGAAUAGGUGUCAUCUACAUUGGGGUGUUCUACGGUAUCAAACAGUUCACUUCUUCUAACUUCAUCAUCUCUGAAGAAUUCCUGUCUUGGAGUCUCCCCACUAAACUUCUCUUCAUCACGUUCUGGACCAAGUGGUUGAUAACUAAGUACUGUGCUAUCUGGUGUGUAUCCGAGUCAGCAGCAUGUCUGGCAGGUAUGGGGGAGCAGGAGGGGGGAGGGUGGGACGGAGUUGUUAAUGUCGAGGUGGUCAAGUUUGAGACGUCCCUCACUAUCCAGGAGGAGCUGAGUAGUUUCAAUAUACAGACUCACCAGUGGGUUAAGAGGAAUGUUUACAAGCGAUGUAAAGUGUUCAACAGUCCCCUCUUGUCACGUGUCAUCUCCCUCACAUUCCUUUACCUCUGGCACGGGGUUUACGUCGGCUUCCUCAACCUGUUCGUGGUUGAAGCGUUGGGAAUCUCCACGGAGGAGGCGCUCAACAGAUACAUAUCUCGAGAUAAGGUAUCCAGAUGUGUACCAGGCUGGUUGAUAGCCAGUGUGCAGUAUGUCCUAAAGAACAUGUGUGUGGGGUACGGGUUGUGCGGGUUUGCUCUCAGGACACCAGCUAGGUGUCACGUGUUCUAUAGCAGUGUGUAUUAUUGCUUCCACUGGGGUAUGGUACUGUGGCUUGUUGUGGAGAUGGGGGUUUUGCGAGGACGCUAUAAGAAGGACAAGUCUACUUAGCAGGGGUUUUUAGUUUUUAGUUUUUAGUUAUCUUGACUGAGUCGCUUUUAUAACUUGUGUUUGCUUUUUUAGAAACUCAUUGUAAACAAAUUGUUAGCAUAUUGAUUAGUUUGUACAAUGUACUUGUAUGAUAGCGCCAUAUAUAUUUUACAUUUACUUUUAGUACAAUAUUGAAAUUGUUCGAUACAGAAAAAAAACGAUUGCAUUGAUUUAUUAUACAUGCCUACAGAAUUUAAUUGCUUUUAGUAGUGUUUAUAUUACUUUAAUUUGGACUUUGCUGGUUUUACCUCGUUGUUUUAUUU